GCCAGCUGAAAGCCCUCUUAUGUUCCCCAUAUAUAGGGGAUCUGGGGAAGGAGAGUUGUGUGCUUCCAAUUGUCUUCUCUUGGUGUGUGUUGCCUGCCUGUAAUAAUGCCUGUGGAUUUCAGUGGCACCUGGAACUUCGUUUCUAGUGAUAAUUUUGAAGGCUAUAUGCUGGCCUUAGGUAUUGAUUUUGCAACUCGGAAGAUAGCAAAAAUGCUGAAACCCCAGAAGAUUAUUGAACAGGAAGGGGACGCCUUCUCUAUCCGCACAGUAAGCACUUUCCGGAACUACUUUGUCCAGUUCAAAAUUGGGGAAGAGUUUGAGGAAGACAACAAAGGUCUGGACAACAGAAAAUGCAAGAGUGUGGUUUCUUGGGACAGUGACAAACUCGUCUGUGUCCAAACGGGAGAGAAGAAAAACAGAGGAUGGAGUCAUUGGAUUGAAGGAGAUGAACUGUAUUUGGAACUCCGGUGUGAAGACCAAGUCAGCAUGCAGAUUUUCAAGAGAGCAUGAAGCCAAUUCCAGAGAUGUAACAUGGCAGACAACUCUACAACUUUGUAAAAGUGUGAAUGCACAGGUGCUCCGAAGCAGAUCAGAAUGGCAGCUUUCAAGUGUCUUGUUGACUGUAUUUUCCUAUGGAUCUUCAAAGCAAAAAGCUGUAACUAUUAACAGCACUUAUUAAAGAUAACCUUUGGUAAUGCAA